AUGUCUGUUGAUUUGGAUUGGCAAAAACUUGACAAGGAAUUAGCCGAAUACGUCAAAGAGUUUUUGAAUAAACACUUUCAAACAAUUACAAAGCCUUCAUUUAUUGGCGACAUUCAAGUUACUGCGUUUGAUUGGGGCCAUGAUGCUCCUCAAAUAGAAAUCGUCAACAUCACUGACCCAUUUCCUGAAUUUUACGAACAAGAAGAACAAGAACAAGAACUGAUUGCUUCUUCACCAAUUAUAGAACAAAGCCAACCAUCUCCAUCAACUGAUUACUUUUCAAAUUACCAACCUCCUCGACUGAUACACACUCCCUUGCUUCAUCAACAACGUCUCCACCUCUUUCAUCGAUCACCUCUUGUUGCCCCACAACACCCAUUCAAUAUGAACAAUAGUUAUCUCAUGACACACGCAUCUCCAGAACCAACGACAUCUAGCAGUUGGCCGUCUCGACCGUCGUCCUUACUGGAUGAGGACUGGAUAGAUGAUGAAGAGAUCAAUCAUGUACCUGAUACCUCGAUCCAUACCAAUAAUAACUCUGCAGGGAACACUAAAUCAACGGAGAUGGACUUUCAGGUGCAUGUGUUGAUAUCUUACAAAGGUGAUAUGAGCAUGACUUUGAUGACAGAGCUAAGGAUGAAUUAUCCAAGUGUGAUGUUUAUGAGUCUACCUAUUCAACUAUGCGUAAGGUCUGUCGAAUUUGAGGCUACGGCCGUGGUUGCCUAUAUUCAAAGUAUGAAGCGUGUGUGUGUUUCGAUGCUGGAAGAAGAGGAACAGUCCGGUCGAGGGAAAGAUGGUAUUGACAGCUUGCUUCGAGAUGUACAUAUUGAAUCUGUCGUGGGUGAUGAACAAAAGCAAGCAUUGAAAAAUGUUGGCAAGAUUGAAAAGUUUAUUGUAGAUCAAUUAAGAAAGAUGCUGGACGAUGAACUCGUGUUUCCAAGUUAUCAAUUAAUUGAAUUAAACUGA